GAUCUAAAUUCACCCCCUUCCCCACCAGCAGUCUUAUUGCUAUUGCUCUGCCCACCGAACCGAAGUUCUCGCCAGCCCUUCCGUUUCCAGAGAGAAACGAAAACCACUUGGUUCUGAGGGCUUUCAAGACCACGACCCGCUUUCUUCCUCCUCAUCGGACCUCUGGCCCUCUGCACUUCCUCAUUUGGAAUCCAUCUCCACCUAAGCGACUGUCUUCCCGCAGCGCCACUUCCGGAUCUCCGGUGUCUCCACUUUACGGGUCCGCCCACCUCUCCCGCUCACUUCCUAGAGCUUGGUCCGACCACCAGUGGGGUCGGAGCGGAGGCGCGGGCUGGCGGAGCGAGGGUGUCCCCUCCUAGAAGACGCACUGCACGGCGUCUAGGGUCUGAGAACCCCGGUCCUACCUCGGCGUCGAGUGCGAGCAGGGGGCGGAACAGUUCGUUCCGAGCACCGAGCGCCGCGCACCCGGAAGUGGCGCGGUAAGGGCACUGCGCCGCCUCCGGAGGCGGGUGCCAGGUACCGGGAGGUGGAGGAGACGCCACGCUUCUGACUUUGUGACUCCUGUGUACCUUAAAAGAUGCUGGAGUCGUAUGUGACUCCUAUUUUAAUGAGCUAUGUGAAUCGCUACAUCAAGAACUUAAAGCCGUCAGAUCUACAGCUUUCGCUAUGGGGUGGAGACGUGGUUCUCAGCAAGCUGGAGUUAAAAUUGGAUGUGCUGGAGCAGGAAUUGAAAUUACCAUUCACUUUUUUAAGUGGACAUAUUCAUGAACUGAGGAUCCAUGUACCAUGGACAAAACUGGGUUCAGAACCAGUGGUAAUUACCAUCAAUACAAUGGAAUGCAUUUUGAAACUUAAAGAUGGAAUACAGGAUGAUCAUGAAAGCUGUGGUUCUAAUUCUACCAACCGUAGUACUACUGAGAACACAAAAACAUCAGCAAAACCCCGAAGAAUUCAACAGGCCACUCCCACAGAUCCUGAUUUGCCACCAGGCUAUGUACAGAGUCUGAUCAGACGAGUUGUAAAUAAUGUAAAUAUUGUUAUAAAUAAUCUGAUACUAAAAUAUGUUGAAGAUGAUAUUGUCCUUUCAGUCAACAUCACAUCCGCAGAAUGCUAUACAGUAGGUGAAUUGUGGGAUCGUGCAUUCAUGGAUAUUUCUGCAACUGAUCUGGUGUUGAGAAAGGUUAUCAAUUUUUCUGACUGUACAGUUUGUCUUGAUAAACGAAAUGCCAGUGGUAAAAUAGAAUUCUACCAGGAUCCUUUAUUGUACAAGUGUUCCUUCAGAACUCGUCUGCAUUUUACUUACGAUAACCUAAAUUCUAAGAUGCCAUCAGUUAUAAAAAUUCAUACCUUAGUAGAGAGUUUGAAACUUUCUAUCACUGAUCAGCAGUUGCCUAUGUUUAUCCGUAUAAUGCAACUUGGAAUUGCUCUUUACUAUGGAGAAAUAGGAAAUUUUAAAGAUGGAGAAACCGAAGAUUCUACUUGUCACAAUAAAGAUAUGUUGGGAAAUGUUACAGGUGCUGAAGAUGAAACACGAAUAGAUAUGCAGUAUCCUGCUCAGUACAAAGGCCAAGAGCUGUAUUCACAGCAAGAGGACGACCAGCCACAGGGAUGGGUAUCAUGGGCCUGGUCAUUUGUCCCUGCCAUUGUGAAUUAUGAUGAUGCCGAGGAAGACUACCUUGGGAAUGAUCCUACAUCAACUACACAUCAACAAAAAACACAGACUUUGAAGGAUCCUAUUGUUUCUAUAGGAUUUUAUUGUACAAAGGCAACUGUGACUUUCAAACUUACUGAAAUGCAAGCCGAGAGUAGUUACUACAGCCCUCAAAAAGUAAAAUCUAAAGAAGUAUUAUGUUGGGAACAAGAAGGAACUACAGUUGAGGCCCUUAUGAUGGGAGAGCCUUUCUUUGAUUGCCAGGUUGGUUUUGUAGGUUGCAGAGCCAUGUGCCUUAAAGGAAUUAUGGGUGUUAAAGAUUUUGAAGAGAAUAUGAAUAGAAGUGAAACCGAAGCCUGUUUCUUCCUUUGUGGUGAAAAUUUGAGUAUAAAAGGUUUGACAUACCUCACAAAUUCAUUGUUUGAUUACCGAAGCCCAGAAAAUAAUGGUACUCGUGCAGAAUUUAUCUUGGAUGCAGCUACUCAUAAGGAGACAUACACUGAGAUAGCUGGAAUGCAAAGGUUCGGGGCAUUUUACAUGGAUUACCUGUAUACAAUGGAGAACACCACUGGCAAAGGUUCUGCAAAUCAACAAGACUUUUCUUCAGGGAAGAGUGAAGAUUUGGGAACAGUUCAGGAAAAGUCUACCAAAAGCCUUGUUAUAGGUCCUCUUGAUUUUCGCUUGGAUAGCAGUGCAGUGCACAGAAUUUUAAAAAUGGUUGUUUGUGCCUUGGAACAUGAAUAUGAACCAUAUAGUAGACUAAAACCAGAUAUUAAAGAUGAAAGUGAAACAAUGCUGAAUCCUGAGGAAGUGGCAUCUUUGGAGGAAUAUAUUCCUACUCGACAUACAAGUGUUACUCUCCUCAAAUGUACCUUCACAAUUUUCAUGGCUGAAUUCAAUUUGCUGGAUCAUUUGCUACCUGUUAUUAUGGGGGAAAAGAACUCAAGUAACUUCAUGAAUACUACAAACUUCCAGUCUCUCCGGCCAUUGCCUUCUGUUCAGAUAUUGGUGGAUAAAAUUAAUCUGGAACAUUCUGUGCCGAUGUAUGCUGAACAGUUGGUGCAUGUGGUCAGCAGUCUUACUCAGCCUUCUGAUAAUCUGCUUCAUUAUUGCUAUGCACAUUGCUACCUUAAGAUAUUUGGUUUCCAGGCAGGACUGACGUCUUUGGAUUGUAGGGGAUCUUACUGCUUACCUGUACCAAUUGUUCCCUCUUUCAGCACUGCUCUUUAUGGUAAACUUCUGAAACUACCCACAUGCUGGACCAAAAGAUCUCAGAUUGCUAUAACUGAAGGCAUUUUUGAGCUUCCAAAUCUUACAGUUCAAGCUACAAGAGCUCAGACACUUCUGCUUCAAGCAAUAUAUCAAAGUUGGUCUCAUAGUGGAAAUGUCAGCUCUUUAGCAGUUAAUGAAGCUUUGAUGAAUGAAGUUUUCCAGACUGUAGGUGUGAAAUCUAAGAAUCCCCUGCCAACUCUUGAGGGCUCAAUCCAGAAUGUUGAAUUGAAGUACUGCAGCACAUCAUUGGUCAAAUGUGCCUCUGGGACCGUGGGAUCAAUAAAAAUUUGUGCCAAAGCCCCAGGUGACAGUGGAAAAGAGAAGUUGAUUCCAUUGCUUCAGGGUCCUUCUGACACUAAAGACCUUCAUAGCAGCAAGUGGCUCAAUGAGAGCAGAAAGCCAGAAUCUCUCUUAGCUCCAGAUUUGAUAGCCUUCACAGUCCAGGUUCCACAGUGUAUGGACUACUGUCACAGUUCCGGUGCCGUACUCCUUUGUAACGUCCAAGGACUAGCAGUUAAUAUUGACCCUAUCUUAUACACCUGGCUCAUUUAUCAACCUCAGAAGCGAAGCAGUAAACAUAUGCAGCAGCCUGUAAUUGCUGUUCCUCUUGUUAUGCCAAUUAGCAGAAGGAAAGAGGAUGAGGUGUCUGUUGGAAGUGCACCCUUGGCAAAGCAACAGUCAUAUCAGGCAUCUGAGUAUGCCAGCAGCCCUGUAAAAACAAAAACUGUAACAGAAUCCAGACCAUUGUCAGUUCCUGUGAAAGCUGUGCUGACGAUAACUGAAGGCUGUAGAAGUCCUGAAGAAAGAAUGAAAGAGUUUAUUGGAAUAGUAUGGAAUGCAGUUAAGAGUCUAACACUGCAGCUUGAAGUACAGUCUUGUUGUGUGUUUAUCCCAAAUGAUAGUUUGCCUUCUCCUAGUACAAUUGUAUCUGGUGACAUUCCUGGAACAGUAAGAAGUUGGUACCAUGGACAAAUGAGCAUGCCAGGAACGCUUGUCCUCUGUUUGCCUCAAAUAAAGAUUGUUAGUGCUGGCCACAAGUAUAUGGACCCUCUCCAGGAGAUUCCGUUUGUCAUCCCACGACCCAUCCUUGAAGAAGGUGAUGCUUUUCCUUGGACAAUCAGCUUGCAUCAUUUCAGCAUUUAUACCCUUUUUGGAAAACAAGUGACACUUUGCCUAGUGGAACCCAUGGGUUGUACCUCUACACUAGCUGUUACAUCCCAAAAAUUGCUUGCUACAGGACCUGAUAUGAGGCAUUCAUUUGUUGUCUGUCUGCAUGUUGACCUAGAGUCACUUGAGAUAAAAUGCUCAAACCCCCAGGUUCAGCUCUUAUAUGAGUUAACAGAUAUCAUGAAUGAAGUCUGGAAUAAGAUUCAGAAGAGAGGCAAUCUCAGUUCUUCUUCAGCUUACCCGGAGUCCGUGGUGGGGCCUUUCCCUAGCUCUCCAGUUAGAAGCAGUAUAGGCACAGCUCCUCCAGAUAAUAGCACAUGUAGCCCAUCUGCUGACAUUGGAACUACUACUGAGGGAGAUUCUGUACAAGCUGUUGAUGAUUCACCAUUCUCAGAUUCUGUUACCUUGGAACAGACUACAAGUAACAUUGGUGGAUCCAGUGGUCGUGUUAGUCUGUGGAUGCAGUGGGUGCUCCCCAAAAUUACUGUAAAGCUCUUUGCUCCAGAUCCUGACAGUAAAGGCAUAGAACUUUGUAUGGUCAGUGAACUAGAAGAUCUCAGUGCUUCAAUAGAUGUCCAGGAUGUGUACACUAAAGUGAAAUGUAAAAUAGAAAGUUUCAAUAUUGAUCACUAUAGAAGCAACCUUGGGGAAGAGUGUUGGUCUCUGGGGCAAUGUGGAGGUGUCUUCCUUUCCUGUACUGACAAGCUGAACAGACGCACCUUGUUGGUUCGACCCAUCAGCAAGCAGGACCCUUUCAGUAAUUGCUCUGGCUUCUUUCCUUCUACAACUGCAAAGCUUCUAGAUGGCUCUCAUCAGCAGCAUGGAUUUCUGUCUUUGACAUACACAAAAGCUGUAACAAAAAAUGUUCGCCACAAGUUAACAUCAAGAAAUGAGCGAAGAAGUUUUCAUAAGUUAUCUGAAGGUUUAACAGAUGGCUCCCCUCAUUUUCUUCAUGAAAUACUUCUUUCAGCACAAGCCUUUGAUAUUGUCCUUUGUUUUCCUUUACUUAAUGCCAUUGCAAGUAUAUUUCAAGCAAAACUACCAAGGACCCAAAAAGAGAAAAGAAAAUCUCCUGGUCAGCCCAUGAGGACCCAUACACUGACUUCACGCAAUUUACCUUUGAUUUAUAUCAACACAAGCGUAAUCAGAAUUUUUGUUCCAAAAACAGAAGAAAUGCAGCCAAGUAUUGAAGUUAAUCAGACAGCAAAGGAAGAUACCAUGGUUCUGAAGAUUGGCUCUGUUGCUAUGGCUCCCCAGGCUGACAAUCCCCUUGGCAGAUCCGUCCUCAGGAAAGAUAUUUACCAAAGAGCCUUGAAUUUAGGAAUUCUUCGAGACCCUGGGUCAGAGAUUGAAGACCGACAAUACCAAAUAGAUCUGCAGUCGAUCAAUAUUGGUACUGCUCAGUGGGAUCAACUGAAACCAGAAAAGGAAAAUGGCACAGGAGGAGUGCUAACAGAGACUGAAAGAAAUUCGCAGAAUCCAGCCCUUGAGUGGAAUAUGGCCAGCAGCAUACGGCGGCAUCAAGAAAGAAGAGCAAUUUUGACUCCCAUUUUAACAGAUUUUUCUGUACGAAUAACUGGAGCACCUGCCAUCAUUUUCACCAAAAUAAUUUCUCCGGAAAAUAUGCACACUGAGGAGAUUUUAGUGUGUGGCCAUUCCUUGGAAGUGAAUAUAACCACAAACCUGGACUUCUUCCUAAGUGUGGCUCAAGUUCAACUCUUACAUCAGUUAAUAGUAGCAAAUAUGACUGGACUGGAACCAUCAAACAAAGCCACAGAGAUCGCUAAGCAAGAACAGAAAAAAAUGGAUACAUAUGAUGGAAUCGUGGCUGAUAGCUCAUCUCGGUACAGUGGUGCCCAGGAUAGUGGAAUCGGCAGUGACAGCGUUAAAAUCAGAAUAGUACAGAUAGAGCAGCACAGCGGUGCCAGUCAGCACCGCAUCGCCCGUCCCUCACGCCAGUCGUCAAUUGUAAAAAAUCUAAAUUUUAUUCCUUUUGACAUAUUUAUUACUGCAAGUAGAAUCUCACUAAUGACCUAUUCCUGUACGGCCUUACCCAAAUCGAAAUUGCAAGAACAAAAGGAUAAUGAAAAAACAGGCAAGAGUUCAUUAAACCUGCCAGAAGUCGAUUCAGAUGUCGCAAAACCCAGCCAGGCAUGUAUUUCCAUGGUAACAGCAGAAGAUCUCUUAAGCAGCAACAUAUCUUUUCCUUCAGGGAAAAAAAUAGGGGUCAUCUCUCUCGAAAGUCUGCAUGCAUCCACAAGGUCAUCUGCUAGACAAGCCCUCGGCAUAACCAUUGUUCGGCAGCCUGGAAGAAGAGGAACCGGUGACUUGCGACUAGAACCUUUCUUGUACUUUAUUGUAUCCCAGCCUUCUUUGCUUCUGAGUUGUCACCACAGGAAGCAACGAGUGGAAAUAUCCAUUUUUGAUGCUGUGCUUAAAGGGGUUGCCUCUGAUUACAAAUGUACAGAUCCUGGGAAGACUUUGCCUGAAGCCCUUGAUUAUUGCACAGUUUGGCUGCAGACAGUACCUGGAGAAAUAGACAGCAAAAGUGGUAUUCCACCUUCACUCUUAACGCUACAAAUUAAAGAUUUUCUUAACGGACCAGCAGACAUCAACUUGGAUAUAUCAAAGCCUUUGAAAGCAAACCUGAGUUUUACCAAGUUGGAUCAAAUAAACCAUUUUUUGAAGAAGAUAAAAAAUGUACACAGCAAAGCGUCCUCAGCACCGUCAGACGCUGUGCUGAGUAAGGAUGCGCUUCCAGCCUCCAAAUGUUACCGUGGGAAGUUAUCCAAGCUUAAAGUUCAUGGUGAUGGAGCACAAAAGAUUCCAUUUCAAGAAAACAUAUGGAGAACGAUGUCCUGCUUUCAAAAAAUUUCUGUUCAUACUACUCAGAUUGUGGUCUCCAUGGAAACUGUCCCCCAUCCUAAUAAACCAUGCCUGUUGGCAUCUUUAUCCACCCUCAGUGGAAGCCUUAAUGUCAAAGCAGCGCAGAAAGUACCUGGUGUGAUUCUUGGGUCAUCUUUUCUACUCAGCGUAAAUGAUUUUCUUCUUAAAACGUGUCUCAAAGAAAGAAGUCGGAUUCUAAUAGGACCGUGUUGUGCUACUGCCAAUUUGGAAGCUAAAUGGUGUAAACACAGUGGCGAUCCAGGCCCAGAACAGUCCAUACCAAAAAUAUCCAUUGAUGUAAGAGGAGGUCUGCUACAGGUUUUCUGGGGUCAAGAACAUUUGAAUUGCUUAAUUCUUCUGCAUGAAUUACUCAGUGGAUACCUUAACAUGGAAGGAAAUUUUGAAGCGAAAGUUUCUGAAGCAGUUCCACAAAUGCCAUCUCCUUUGGAAAAAAAUCAGAUAUUUAAAAGUGAACAAAGUUCAGAUGACCUACGGACAGGUCUAUUUCAGUAUAUACGGGAUGCUGAACCUCUGAAAAUGCCUGGUGUCUAUGAAGUCUUGUUUUACAAUGAAACCGAAGAUAGCCCAGGGAUGAUGCUGUGGAGAUACCCAGAACCUAGAGUGCUCACCCUUGUACGCAUAACUCCUGUGCCCUUCAACACCACCGAGGAUCCAGACAUUAGCACAGCAGACCUUGGUGACAUGCUGCAGAUUCCUUGUAGUUUGGAAUACUGGGAUGAACUCCAGAAGGUUUUUGUUGCAUUUCGAGAAUUUAGUCUGUCUGAAAGCAAAGUUUGUGAACUGCAAUUGCCAGAUAUCAAUCUUGUGAACGACCAGAAGAAACUGGUAUCCUCGGAUCUUUGGAGAAUUGUCUUGAACAGCAGCCAAAAUGGAGCUGAUGACCAAAGCUCUGCAAGUGAAUCUGGUUCUCAAAGCACUUGUGACCAGCUUGUAACCCCAACAGCUCUGGCUGCCUGUACCAGAGUUGACUCCUGCUUUACCCCGUGGUUUGUCCCAUCUCUUUGCAUUUCCUUCCAGUUUGCUCACCUGGAGUUCCAUCUUUGUCAUCACCUUGACCAGCUUGGCACAGCUCCACCAAAAUACCUACAGCCAUUUAUUUCUGAUAAAAAUGUGCCAUCUGAACUAGAAUACAUGGUUAUUUCCUUCAAAGAACCACACAUGUAUCUUCGACAGUGGAACAAUAGUUCUGUCUGUCAGGAGAUCCAGUUCUCAGCUCAAGCAGACUGUAAACUUCUAGAGUGCAGAAAUGUGACAAUGCAAAGCUUGGUGAAACCCUUCAGCAUCUUUGGACAGACUGCAAUUUCCAGCAAUGCAGUAGAAAAGCUGAUUGAUUGCUCCAUCAUCAUUGACUCAAUAUUUGUAAACUUUGGGCAACAUGUAGUUCAUUCUCUCAACACUGCAGUACAAGCUUGGCAACAGAACAAAUGCCCUGAGGUAGAGGAGUUGGUCUUCAGCCAUUUUGUGAUCUGUAAUGACACACAGGAGACACUGCGGUUUGGCCAGGUGGAUACUGAUGAAAAUAUCCUGCUGGCCAGUCUCUGCAGUCACCAGUACAGCUGGCGCUCUCACAAAUCCCCACAGCUGUUACACAUCUGUAUUGAAGGUUGGGGCAACUGGCGUUGGUCAGAGCCCUUCAGUGUGGACCAUGCGGGGACAUUUAUUAGAACUAUUCAGUACAAGGGUCGAACUGCUUCACUCAUCAUCAAGGCUCAGCAAGUCAGCGGCGUGCAAAAACAGAUUAUCAUCUGUGGAAGACAGAUCAUCUGUAGUUACUUGUCUCAAAGCAUAGAAUUAAAAGUGGUUCAGCAUUACAUUGGUCAAGAUGGACAAGCUGUGGUUCGAGAACACUUUGACUGCCUCACAGCCAAACAGAAAUUGCCUUCGUACAUACUAGAGAACAGCGAACUGACUGAGUUGUGUGUGAGGGCCAAAGGAGAUGAAGACUGGUCGAGAGACGUGUGCCUGGAAUCCAAGGCUCCUGAGUAUAGUGUCGUCAUUCAGGUGCCAUCUUCAAACAGUUCCAUUAUUUAUGUCUGGUGCACAGUUUUGACUUUAGAACCCAGCUCUCAAGUGCAGCAGCGAAUGAUUGUGUUCAGCCCUCUUUUUAUCAUGAGGAGUCAUCUUCCAGACCCCAUUAUCAUACAUUUGGAGAAAAGGAGUCUGGGAUUGAGUGAAACACAAAUUAUUCCAGGAAAAGGACAGGAAAAACCACUGCAAAACAUAGAACCUGACCUUGUACAUCACCUAACAUUUCAAGCAAGAGAAGAGGAUGACCCUUCACACUGUGCCGUUCCCAUCUCAACAUCCCUCAUUAAGCAGAUAGCCACUAAGAUACACCCCGGAGGCACAGUUACUCAGAUCCUUGAUGAGUUCUACGGGCCAGAGAAGUUCCUUCAACCCACAUGGCCCUAUAAUAAAAAGGACUCUGACAGGAAUGAGCAACUGAGCCAGUGGGACAGCCCAAUGCGAGUGAAGCUGUCAGCCUGGAAGCCAUAUGUGAGGACCUUAUUGAUAGAAUUGCUACCCUGGGCCCUGCUUAUCAAUCAGUCCAAGUGGGACCUCUGGCUGUUUGAGGGAGAGAAGAUUGUUCUACAGGUUCCUGCUGGCAAAAUUAUUAUCCCUCCUAAUUUUCAGGAAGCUUUUCAAAUUGGAAUAUACUGGGCAAGUACAAACACCGUGCACAAGUCAGUAGCUGUUAAGCUGGUCCAUAACCUGACAUCUCCAAAGUGGAAAGACGGAGGUAACGGCGAAGUUGUAUCUUUGGACGAGGAAGGGUUUGUUCAUGCUGAAAUAAGACUCGGUGCUUUCCCAGGACACCAGAAGUUGUGCCAGUUCUGCAUUUCCUCCAUGGUACAGCAAGGCAUACAGAUUAUUCAGAUUGAAGAUAAGACCACAAUAAUCAAUAACACACCAUAUCAGAUAUUUUAUAAGCCACAGUUAACUGUCACCAAACUCCACUCUGGAAAAGAGUAUUUUCAUGUUCCAGACAGCGCUACUUUCAGCAUUUGCCCGGGUGGCGAGCAGCCUGCCGUGAGAUCCAGCUCCCUUCCUUGCUGGGACCUAAUGCCCGACCUCGGCCAGUCCGCGCUGGACGCGUCCCUGCUGCAGAAGCAGGUCUUGCUGGCCUUUUCUCCCACCGCCGUUGCCGACAGCGCCCAGUGCUGGAGCCUGCCAGCCCUAGUCAGACAGGAGCUUCCCAGACAGAGCGUGGCAGUGCCCUUGGGGAACUACAGGGAAGAUGGCUUCUGUACCAGGGCAAUAGCACUAACAUAUCAAGAACACCUUGGAGUGACUUAUUUAACCCUCUCAGAAGACCCUAGUCCUCGAAUAAUUUUCCACAACAGAUGUCCAGUGACAAUACUUAUAAAGGAAAAUACUAAAGAUACUCCGAAGUUUGAGGUUUAUUGCAGAAAAAUUCCUCCUGAGUGCUCAAUUCAUCAUGAGCUAUAUCAUCAGAUUUCCAGUUAUCCAGACUGCAAGACCAGAGACCUCCUUCCUAGCCUCCUCUUGAGAGUGGAAUUGCUGGAGGAAAUGACAACCGAGUGGAGUGACGCCAUCGACAUCAACAAUCAGGGGACACAGGUUGUGUUUCUGACUGGCCUUGGCUAUGUGUACGUGGACACCAUCCAUCACUGUGGCACAGUCUUCAUCAACGUGGCCCCAGAAGGAAAAGCUGGGCCUGUCGUAACUAAUACCAACAGAACUCUGGAGAAGAUCGUGACAUUUAAAAUGUUCAUCACUCAGUUGAGCCUGGCGGUGUUUGAUGACCUCACCCACCACAGAGCAUCAUCCGAGCUUUUGAGACUCACACUGGACCACGUUUUCCUCCAGAUGGCCCCCGUGGCUGGUCACCUCCCUGGGGAAGAGAUGGCCGCCGCCCCCUUUCACGUCUACUCCGUGGAGGUCUGCUGCGGGGACCUGCAGCUGGACAACCAGCUGUACAACAAAUCCAAUUUCCACUUUGCUGUCUUGGUCUGCCAGGAGGAGAAAACAGAAUCUCCUCAGUACUCCAAGAUGCAGAGUCUCCUCGUAUCCAGUGAAGAUUUGGAAGAAUACAAGAAAAACUGCUUUAUCAAACUCUGCCUCACGUUAACCGAAGGCAAGGAUGUCCUGUUCGAUGUGAACGAGUUCAGUUUUGAAUUGAAACCUGCCCGGUUAUAUGUGGAAGACACGUUUGUCUACUACAUCAAAACUCUGUUUGAGACCUACCUGCCCAGCAGCAGCCCGGGCGCUCAGCCCACGGCUCUCGCAGGCGGCAGACAGGUGCUGCCCAUGCAGGUGAGGCAGCACGCCCGGGCCUUGGUGCAUCCCGUGAAGCUGCAGAAGCUGGUGAUACAGCCUGUGAACCUCCUCGUCAGCAUCCAUGCGUCCCUCAAGCUGUACAUCGCCUCUGACCACACUCCGCUCUCCUUCUCAGUGUUUGAAAGAGGCCCCAUCUUCACCACGGCCAGGCAGCUCGUCCACGCCCUGGCCAUGCACUACGCCGCAGGGGCCCUCUUCAGAGCAGGCUGGGUGGUUGGAUCCCUGGAAAUCCUUGGCAGCCCGGCGAGUCUGGUGCGAAGCAUCGGGAACGGCAUCGCUGACUUCUUCAGGCUUCCGUACGAGGGGCUGACCCGAGGCCCGGGAGCCUUCGUGAGCGGGGUUUCCAGAGGGACUACAUCGUUUGUGAAGCACAUUUCCAAAGGUACCCUCACGUCCAUCACCAACCUGGCCACGAGCCUGGCCCGGAACAUGGACCGGCUGUCGCUGGACGAGGAGCACUACAACCGGCAGGAAGAGUGGCGGCGGCAGCUCCCGGAGAGCCUGGGCGAGGGGCUCCGGCAGGGCCUGUCCCGGCUGGGUAUCAGUCUGCUCGGUGCAAUUGCUGGUAUAGUUGAUCAGCCAAUGCAGAACUUCCAGAAAACAUCAGAGGCUCAAGCUUCAGCAGGACACAAGGCCAAGGGUGUUAUCUCCGGCGUGGGGAAAGGAAUCAUGGGGGUGUUCACGAAGCCCAUCGGAGGGGCUGCUGAGCUGGUGUCACAGACUGGCUAUGGUAUUUUACACGGAGCUGGACUUUCUCAGCUUCCCAAACAGCGCUAUCAGCCAAGUGAUCUGCACGCUGACCAGGCUCCAAACAGCCACGUCAAAUACGUCUGGAAGAUGCUCCAGUCUCUGGGCAGACCGGAAGUACACAUGGCCCUGGAGGUUGUUCUGGUGAGGGGCUCGGGCCAGGAGCACGAGGGCUGCCUGCUGCUGACGUCAGACGUGCUCUUCGUGGUGAGCGUCAGCGAGGACACCCAGCAGCAGGCCUUCCCAGUCACGGAGAUCGACUGCGCACAGGACCGCGAGCAGAGCAGCCUGCUCAUCGUGCAGCUCAAGCAGCCCAGAGUGGCCUGUGACGCAGAGGUGGAUGGAGUUCGAGAGAGACUGUCAGAGCAACAGUAUAACAGACUUGUGGACUACAUCACAAAGACCUCUUGUCACCUGGGCCCCGGCUGCUCCUCCGUGCAGGCGUCAUGCCCUGUGGUGGCUGCGGAACCGCUCCCCUCCACUGUGAAAACAUACCAUUAUAUGGUUGAUCCACAUUUUGCCCAAGUUUUCAUUAGUAAAUUUACCAUGGUGAAAAAUAAAGCCCUGAGGAAAGGGUUCCCUUGAGUCCCCUCCAAGGUGUUGAUUGCUGCUUGUGCCAUUAUUUUUGAAAAAGAAACCUAAUGAGCUCUUAACAUCUAUUGUGGACACAAAACCACUGUUCAAUUCAAAUUCUUCCUUUUUCCUACAACUAAGAUACUUCAAAAUUGAGUGAUUAAAAAACUUAGUCCUUUCCUGUUUGGUCUUAUCGUGUAUUGAAAAUACAUUCCUUUUUGCUCUUUUUGCUAAAAUUUCGACUUUAAUUAAGAUUGUCAACUCUGUAGUCAAGCGUUGGAAACAGAUGUAAACUUCAUCUCCUGCUGCAUCUCUUUUUAGGAUGAGACAUCAUCUUUGCCUAACACCCUUCUCUGCAGAAGUUUAGCUUUAAAUGAAAUUCAAUGCUUAGGAUCUUACUGUUUAACUUGUUAUUUAAACGUGAUGCUAUUUUAAGUGAAAGUUGCCAUGUACAUUCCUACUCUAAACUUUUACUGAAAUUUUACUGAUGACUUAUCCAGGUACAUUUUGGAAAAAUGUCUUUCUAAUCUGUUUUGCUAGGCAAGCAAAUCUUUAUUUGUCUACUGCUAAAAACAGAUCCAGGGUGCUCAGGUGAGUUUCUUUAGUUCCAUAAGCAACACACUACUGGGGAACUCCCACUACUGGAUAUUUUUAUGGACGGACUCACCCUGAUGCCUUAGCCAAGUCAAGGACCCCAACACUAACCUUAACAAUAGUUCAUUUUGAUGACUUAGCGUGAUCCAGCAUAAAGAUAUUACCAUGAUUUUUUGUUUUUAAAAAAUGGAUUUGGCUCAAGAUCCUGGGUCACCACGUACACCUUGAGCAUUCAGUAAAAAUUUGAUACUCCAACUAAAAUACAUUUUUACUUAUUACAUCCAAACUUGGGCCUACAACCUGAUACCUACAAUUGUGAGAGGCUAAGGAAUUUCAAUUUCAAAUGUCUGCUUUAACUUAAGCCUCACAUGUUACUGGGCAUAAGAAAGAGAUCACUGCAUAGUUGUUUACUGUUAAUGGACAAUUUAGGCUGAAUAUGAAAAAAAUGGCUCCACCAUUACUUUGCUGUAUCAUACUCAUUUAGGAAAGUGACAGUUUUGUCAACCACAAGAGUAACUAUUUUUAAGCUUGUAAAUAUGUAUUAAGUCUUGUAUCUUUUAUGAUAAAUUUGCAUACUACUUCUAAUUGUUAUAUGAAAUUGUUUAAAAUAAAACAAAUUCUUGAAUUA